AUGUCUGGAUCAUUUUGGAAAUUUAGUAAUGGAUUUACUUCACUCUCAAAUAUAACCACAUUGUUGGAGAAUUUUAAUCUAAGUCAAGAACAGCAGCAACAACAAAAACAACAAGAUAAAGAAAAUGAUCAAAAACAAAAUCAGAAUGAUGAAGAGGAUCAAUUACAAGAAUCUGAAGAAACACUGGAUGAUAAUGAAUCUAUACUGAAAAAGCCCUUAAAAGAUCAACAAUAUGAUGUAUUAAUUAAAUUAUUGGAUGAAAAUGAUUUAUUACAAGAACUAUUAUCAAAUAAUCCUAUGUUAUUGGAAUUUUUAAGAGAUGAAAAUGUACUAAGUAUGUUAGUUGAUAUUGUAAUAUCUGAUGAAUUUAAAAGAAUUGCAGAAAAAGAACAAAAUGAACAAGAUAAAUCUAGAAUUGAAGAGGAAACAAAAGCACAAAGCAAUUUGGAAAAAAAGGAAGAAAAAGAAUUACCAGCAACUCCUGAUGAAGAAAAAAAUGAGGAAACAAAAGACAAAUCGGAGUCGGAUAGCGUCGUAGAUACAGAAAAGGAGAAUGAAACCGAUUCGGAGAAAACUAAAUCGGAGAACAAAUCAGAUCAAAAGGAUGAUGAGAGUGAAGAAAGUGAAGAUAAUGAUGAUGAGGAAGACGAAGAUGAUGAAGAAGAAGAAGAACUUCCGGAAGAUAAAUUCAGACGAAGAGCAACAUUAGCAUCAGAAGUUUUAAGUGCAGAUGUUUGGUCAUUAACAGAUACAGUUAUGGAAUCAACUUCAAAUUUAAAUAAAUUAUGGGGUGUAUUAGAUAGUAAAGAAUUACUUGAUAUUAAUGUAUCAACUCAUUUUAUGAAAAUUAUGGAACAUUUAUUAGAUAUGAAAUGUGAUGAAAUGAUAACUUAUCUUAUAGAAAAUCAACCAAAUUUAGUUGAAAAAUUUAUGAAUCAUUUAUCAAAUCCUCCAUUAAUGGAUUUUUUAUUAAAAUUAAUAUCAACUGAUAAACCUGAUAAUUCAACUGGUAUAAUAGAUUUUUUACAAAAUCAAAAUUUAAUAUCAAAAUUAAUUAGUGCAUUAGAUGUACCUGAUGAUUACAAUGAUGAAAAACCUAUAAAUCAUGAAUUACAAUUAAUAGAACAAAGUUCAGCUGCUGAUUUUUUAAAAGCAUUGAUUACUAUAUCUGCAAAUUCAACUGCUGAUAAUUCUACGAUAGGACCAAAUGAACUUACAAGAGAAUUAGUUUCAAAAGAACAAAUGACUCGUUUAUGUGAUACAAUGUUAAAAGGUGGAUAUGCAUUAGCUAAUGGAGUUGGAAUAAUAAUAGAAAUUAUAAGGAAAAAUAAUUCAGAUUAUGAUAUUUUACCAGUUUUAUAUAUUACUUUAGAAAGUCAUCCACCAACGGGGAGAGAUCCAAUUUAUUUAGGACAUUUAUUAAGAGUAUUUGGUGAAAGAAUACUGAAAUUUAAUGAACUACUAAUAAAAGAUGAUAAUGAAUCUAAAUUAAGAACACCAUUUGGAGUUAUAGAACCAUUAGGAUUUGAAAGAUUUAAAAUUUGUGAAUUAAUAGCUGAAUUAUUACAUUGUUCAAAUAUGGCAUUAUUAAAUGAUAAUAAAGGACUUGAUGUAGUUACUGAAAGAGAUGAAUUAAGAAAUAAAAUGAAAGAAUUUGAUCCUAUAAGUUUUAAAUAUAAUGAAAUUAUUGUUUUACCAAAUGAAAAUGAUAAUGAUAAUGAUGAUGAAAAUUCUAAUUCUAAAAAUAAUAAUAAUAAUAAUAAUGAUACAAAAUCUGAAGAUUCUGCAAAUAAUUCAGCAAAUGAUACAAUUGAAAACUUUAAUAAUAUAAAUGAAAUUGGAGAAUUAGAUGAAGAAGAACCUCAUGCAAAUUCAAAUCUUACAGAAGAACAAAUACGAUCAAAUCCAGUUGUUGGAGAUUUUUUAAAAAUUGCUUUAUUUGAUACUCAAAUUAUUUCAAAUAUUUUAUCAAUGUUUUUUAGAUUUCCAUGGAAUAAUUUUUUACAUAAUGUUGUAUUUGAUAUUGUUCAACAAGUUUUAAAUGGUUCAAUGGAUAUUGGAUUUAAUAAAUUUUUAGCAAUUGAUUUAUUUCAUUCAGCAGAUAUAACAAAUAAAAUAAUUGAAGGUCAAAAAUUAUGUAAUGAUUAUGAAACAAGUCAUAAUGGUUUAAGAUUAGGAUUUAUGGGUCAUUUAACUUUAAUUGCUGAAGAAGUUGUUAAAUUUGUUCAAUUAUUUCCUUCAAAUACUUUAAGUGAUUAUAUAAAUGAAAAAAUUGAAAGUGAAAUUUGGGAAGAUUAUGUUAAUCAUGUAUUAUAUGAUACAAGAGAAAAAUAUAAUGCAAUAUUAGGUGGAAAUAAUGAUGAUGAUGAAGAAGAUAAAGAUGAAGAAGAAAAUACUACAUUUGAUGAAGGAUUAGGGGAAAUAAUAGAAGAAGUUAAAACUGGAUUAGUUUUUCAUGAUGAUGAUGAUGAAGAAGAAGAAGAAGAUGGUAAUGAAAAAAAUCAUAAUAAAUUUGGAAAUAAUGUUGAUGAUUAUGAAUCUGGUGAUGACGAAAAUAAACAUAAAAAUGAAAUACCAAAAAAGGAUUUAUUAGAUAGUGAUGAAUCUGAAUCUGAUGAUGAUGAUCAAUUUUCAAAUUAUAUGUCACAACAAUUAACAAAUAAUAAUCAAGAUCGAGAAGAAGAUGAAUUAGAAAGUUCAAGUGAAGAUGAUGAAGAACAAUCAACACAUCAUAGUAAUGAUGAAGAAGAAGAAAAUGAAAUUGAUGAUGAUUAUAUUGAUCCUAACGAUGAUGGAUUAUCUUAUAAAAAGAGUAAUCAUUUAUAUGAUAUGAAAAAUAAAAAUAAAAAUAAGAGAAAAUUAGAGGAAAAAUAUGCAAGUUCAAGUAGUAGCUCAAGUAGCUCUUCGGAUGAUGAUGAAGAUGAAGAUGAAGAUGAUGUUGAUGAAGACGAGGAAGAAGAUGGCGAAGAAACAAAAUUGAAGGAUACGCCUAAAUUAACACGAUCAUCAAGUAAGAAUUAA